CUUCACCACAAAAAAAGAAAAAAACAGAGAAAUUUAUUCCGCCAUGGCUACAUCUUUGAGCUCACCAAAGCUCAGUACAACUCUUUCUUCUCCAACUUUCCAUUCUCUUUACAAGACCAAAUUCUCUAAGUUCUCUCUUCUUUCUCUCUCUAACCCUGUCAAGCCUCUCCGCUUCAAUUUUCUCUCUCAUACCCGUACCUCAUCAUUAUCUUAUGGCCGCCGUUUCACUACUCCUCGUGCUGAGUCAUCUAAUGGAGUUGAAACUCCUCGGCAUUACGAUUUCGAUUUAUUCACUAUAGGUGCUGGUAGUGGUGGCGUUAGGGCUUCUCGUUUUGCUUCUAAUUUUGGGGCUUCGGUUGCUGUUUGUGAGCUUCCUUUCUCUACUAUAUCUUCUGAUUCAACUGGAGGCGUCGGUGGCACGUGUGUGCUUCGGGGAUGUGUACCCAAGAAAUUGCUCGUAUAUGCAUCAAAAUAUUCUCAUGAGUUUGAGGAGAGUUGUGGUUUUGGAUGGAACUAUGAGGCGGAACCUAAACAUGAUUGGAGCACCCUCAUUGCUAAUAAAAAUGCCGAGUUGCAGCGCCUCACGGGUAUCUACAAGAAUAUUCUGAAGAAUGCGGAUGUCACUCUGAUAGAAGGGCGGGGAAAGGUGGUGGAUCCUCAUACGGUGGAUGUGGAUGGUAAACUCUACUCGGCUAAGAACAUACUAAUUUCAGUUGGGGGCCGCCCAUUUAUCCCAGACAUUCCUGGAAGCGAGUAUGCUAUAGAUUCUGAUGCUGCCCUUGAUUUGCCAACGAAGCCUGACAAAAUUGCCAUUGUUGGAGGCGGUUAUAUUGCACUUGAAUUUGCUGGAAUCUUCAAUGGAUUGAAAAGUGAGGUCCAUGUAUUUAUACGACAAAAGAAGGUUUUGAGAGGCUUUGAUGAAGAAAUUAGGGAUUUUGUUGGUGAACAGAUGUCACUGAGAGGAAUUGAGUUCCAUACCGAGGAGUCGCCUCAGGCUAUUGUCAAGUCAGCAGAUGGUUCACUGUCUAUAAAGACUAACAGAGGAACAGUUGAAGGUUUCUCUCAUAUCAUGUUUGCAACAGGACGAAGUCCAAAUACAAAGAAUUUAGGAUUAGAUACAGUGGGAGUGAGAAUGACAAAGAACGGAGCCAUAGAGGUUGACGAGUAUUCUCGUACGUCAGUGCCAUCAAUUUGGGCAGUUGGAGAUGUUACUGAUAGAAUUAAUCUAACUCCAGUUGCUUUGAUGGAGGGAGGAGCAUUGGCAAAAACUAUUUUUGCUGGUGAACCCACAAAACCCGAUUAUAGGAACGUACCAUGUGCAGUAUUUUCCCAGCCACCUAUUGGACUAGUUGGCCUGACAGAAGAAGAGGCCAUCAAAGAAUAUGGUGAUGUUGAUGUUUAUACAGCAAAUUUUAGACCAUUAAAGGCCACUCUUUCUGGUCUUCCAGAUCGGGUUUUCAUGAAAUUGGUAGUAUGUGCGAAGUCUAGCAAAGUUCUGGGCUUGCACAUGUGUGGAGACGAUGCACCAGAAAUUGUACAGGGAUUUGCGGUUGCAGUCAAAGCAGGGUUGACCAAGGCGGACUUCGAUACCACUGUGGGUAUUCACCCUACAGCAGCAGAGGAGUUUGUCACCAUGCGAACCCCAACAAGGAAGAUUCGAAGCAGUCCAUCUGAGGGUAAGGCAGAGCACGACUCUAAAGCUGCUGCAAGAGUUUGAUAUGCGGGGAUAAAGGCUCAAUUUGUCAAGUGACACAGAGAACACGAGUACAAUUUGAAAGAGGUUUUAGACUGAUGGUAGCUUAUGGAACAUCAGUAUGGAGUUACAACAAGCAAAAAACUUUCUAAGACACUGAGUCACUAAUACUUCUCGGAACAAAUGCUAACUUCACUACUUAAAAAGGUCUCUCAAGGUGGUUGUGAUGAUGGUAUAUGCAUUUAUCCAUUGGCUUGCAUCUUGUCAACAGUAUUUCCUUUGAUCAAAGUAAUUGAGGUUAAACAUUCUGUCCAGAUUUUAUUUAGGGGAGUCCAGAGGAUUGCUGACUAAUAUCUUGAUGAUGCUUUUCUCCGUUAUUCUACUUUUCUGCUGGGUUUGAGGGCACAUUUGGGCGGUGUAAUUAUAACAUUGCUUAUUAAGUAUUGUUUUUGUAAUUAUAAAAUUAGUUGAUAUGCAGCAAUAAUAGCAGUUAAGCGGAUUGCUUAAUGGCUUUUAUAUAUUGGAAA